AAAAAAAAGUUUGAACCCGAAGAGUCUCUCUCUUUGCGCGUAUGCGAGUGUUUCGUCCGAGGAAUCUUUCUCCACACAAAGAUGAAGCUGAAGCAACUAGAAGGCCUCCUCGGUGAUCUUCAACAGUUCUCCAACCCAAAGGUGGAGCUGGAACAAUACCCAACUGGACCCCACAUUGCCUCUCGCAUGCUCUUCACUGCAGAGAAUUCAUUUGGGGAUAUAAGCAGCAAGGUAGUGGCCGAUUUUGGUUGUGGCUGUGGUACAUUAGGUGCUGCCGCAGCUCUUUUGGGUGCAGAACAUGUUAUUGGCAUUGACAUCGAUUCACAAUCUCUUGAAAUUGCGUCACUAAAUGCAGAGGAUCUUGAGUUGGAUAUAAAUUUAAUACAGUGCAAUGUCAAGAACUUAGGAUGGAGAGGUCAAACUGUUGAUACUGUUGUAAUGAAUCCUCCAUUUGGAACCCGGAAGAAGGGUGCUGACAUGGAAUUCCUCUCUGUGGCUUUGAAGAUUGCUUCUCAAGCAGUUUAUUCCUUGCAUAAGACCUCAACAAGAGAUCAUAUCAAAAGGGCAGCCUUGCGGGACUUCAAUGCUAGUAGUGCUGAGGUUUUAUGUGAGCUUCGAUUUGAUGUACCACAGCUAUACAAAUUUCAUAAGAAAAAGGAAGUGGACAUUGCUGUGGACCUCUGGCGAUUUGUGCCCAAAGUUAAUCAAGGAAAGGGGAACUAGCGUCACAUCAAUAUGUGCAUGAUUAAAUCAUAGGAAAAGAAUAUAAAUAUUAAAAUAGGUAUAGGAAUGUGCCUUUCUAAUUUUAUUGGAGUUCUUUACAUAGAUGUAUCCUGUAACAAUUGAAGAGACAAUGUUGAGGCGUUUUUUUCCUUCCUAUUUUUAAUUUUAUACCCCUACUCAGUUCUUAAUUUUAUGAGAGCUGUAUUAAAAUUGUUGAAAUGUACUUCUAUUCUCAGGUUUA